AUGACCUCAAAUACAGUGACCGUCACAUCAGGGAGUUUUGAGUCUUUUGGUGGAGAUACAUGUAAAGAUGAUUUAGAGACCUCUGACUUGAUUACAUGUGUGGCAGACCUGCAGUUUAACAAACAAAAACUACAAGAGGAAAAUAACAAAUUUAAACUAGCGUUGGAAGCCCUAGAGGAAGCCAACAACCAGUUAACAGAAGACUGUUAUGAAUUGCACAAACAAAUGAAAAGUGCCCAACAGUCUAUUAAGAGAACAAAUCUUUUAAAAGAAGAACUGGAGGAACUGAAAAUUAACUUGAAUGUCUCAGAAGAGGAGAAAACCAAAAUAGUAACUCAGAAUAAACAGUUAGAAAAAGAAAAUCAGGCCCUGAUUCUUAAGAUCCAGAAUCUUCAAGAGGAGAAUAAAAGGAAUAUCAUGGAUAUAGAUAGAUUGGAAAGGAAGAUUGAUGAAUUGACUAAAAGUGAGAUUGAACACCAAAUGAAACUACACAUGUGUGAGAACACUUUGCUUAAUAAAGAUGCCAGUCUGCAUAAGAAAGAUUUACACAUAGAAGAUCUUAAGUCAGUCCUUGUGGAGUACAACACAGCCAUAGAGAAUUUACGAAGGGAGAAAAAUCAGCUGAUGCAUGAGUUGCAGCAAUCAAAACAGGAGCUUCUAUUAAAUGGAUUCAACUUGCAUGUUGAUGGACAGCUUUACAGGGGCAUUCCUGAAGGCAAGAAAUCACUGCACUCUGAACUUAUACUUGCUCAGUCUACAGAGGCCAGUGGAUCAGAAUGGUUAUACAAUUCAGUCAACCCACCAUCUCUGGAUGACGUAAUGGACAAAGAGAAAAUGGUGUUGCUGAGAGAACCCGAGCAAAUACGAACAGAAUUUACUGCUACCCUUCAGAAACUGCAUGAAGAAGUCUGUGCAGUUGAAACACUUAUUGCUGCUUCUCUUCAGUGGGUAACUGACCCAGAAAUAAAUGUGAAGGAAAGAUGGGAAGACAAGCUUACAGAUCUCAGACAUGACCUAGAAACAAAGCUAAAUCUCUGCAUUCUAAAACUGCGCCUCUUGGGAAACUACAAAGAAUCUCUUGAUAAAGAGUUCCUUAAAGUGGUAGGGAAUCUGGAGAGAUCCGAGCACAAAUAUCGCCGUGUCAAGAAAGAAUUACAUUUCAGGCUAAGGAUCAAGAACAGGCCCUCCAUGCUGCCAAGGAAAAAGCUGAGUCUUUGCAGCGCAAGUUGGAGGAAGCUGUUUCUGAAGGGCAAGAUUUCCAAGCAUUAAAUAGCACCUUAUCAAAUGCUUGCCAGAUACUUGGACAGAAGACAAGAAAACUGAAACAACUGUUUAGAUGGAAAUUUGUCACAUAAUGAUUUCUUAUCCACCACGGAUUUAAUUCAAGAACCAUUAAAAGAACAAGAG